AUGGAUUUGAGCGAUGCCCAGGAGUUCCUUACUACGGCCUUAAAUACGGCGACCGCGGCAUUUCAGAAGCUACCCGGCUCUGCCGUCAUCGUCCGUUAUGUGCGAUCUAGCUACCAGAAUGAUCCUAUUCGGUCAGCCAUCGAGCUCAUCCUAGUCCUCUUUUUCAUUCGGUACCUGCUAUCACCCUCCUAUUCGACACAGAAGCAAAAUUUCAUUCAACUACGGGAAGAUGAAAUUGACGAACUCGUCGACGAGUGGACCCCGGAGCCUCUGGUCUCCCCGCAGACUACGCUCGAGGCCACAGAGUAUGAAAAAUUGCCAGUGAUUGUCGGUGCAAGCGGGCCAAAGGCGAGGCUCUCAAACGGCCGGACGGUAACAAACCUUGGAUCCUACAACUUCUACAACUUCAAUGGAAACGAGCAGAUUAAGGACAAGGCCAUCCAAACGCUGCGAACAUACGGCGUAGGGCCUUGCGGUCCUCCUCAAUUCUACGGCACCCAGGACGUACAUAUGAAGACGGAGGCGGACAUAGCUUCGUACAUUGGGACAGAGGCGUGCAUCGUUUAUGCCCAGGCGUUCUCCACCAUCUCUAGCGUCAUACCCGCGUUUUGCAAGCGAGGUGACAUCAUUGUCGCCGAUAGGGCUGUCAAUUUUUCCAUUCGGCGAGGACUACAGAUCUCGAGAAGUAACAUCAAGUGGUAUAAACACGGCGAUAUGGAUGACCUCGAGCGCGUCAUGCGAAAGGUCGUGGAGGAGCAGAGUGGCAAGAGACUCACUCGGAGGUUUAUUGUCACGGAGGGGCUUUUCGAAACAGUCGGCGAUUCGGUUGAUCUCCCCAGGCUGGUUGGCCUGAAGGAAAAGUACAAAUUCCGCAUUAUUUUGGACGAGACUUGGUCAUUCGGUGUCCUCGGACGAACCGGCCGGGGCCUGACGGAAGCACAACAUGUCGACCCAUCCCAAAUAGAUAUGAUCAUUGGCUCGCUUGCUGGACCCCUCUGCGCUGGUGGCGGCUUCUGUGCUGGGGCAAGGGAUGUCGUCGAACAUCAACGCAUUUCAUCGGCAUCGUUCACUUUUUCGGCUGCCUUGCCUGCAAUGCUUGCCGUCACUGCGAGUGAAACGCUGAAUAUGCUUCAGUCUAAUCCCGACGUUAUAGGUCUGUGCCGAGACAAUAUCAAGUCGAUGAGGGCACAGCUUGACCCGCGAAGUGACUGGUCGGAAGUUAUCAAGUCGCGUGGUCUCACGCUCGACGAUCAGGAGAGACUUCUACAGGAGUGUACUGAAGAGGACUUCCGCUACGCCAAGCAGGGCGGACCUCAAGGAAGAGUCGUGGGAAAUACAGCCUGCACUCCGAGUCUGUGUGACGACAGGCUUGAGUAA